UGUACAUAUAUACGAAUAUGUGCAGCUCUCCAUCAGCAGUGCAGGUUGUGUACGGAGGAAUACUAUCAGGUUCUUUGUAAUGGCCGACCAAGGAGCGAAGGCGACGACCAUCAAGCCCGGUCGAGUGGGACUGUGGUGCAUACCUCGAUCAACUUCCACGUUACUGGCAAAAUGUCUGGGUGCCAUUGACGGAAUCGAAGUCCAUGUCGAUGUCUACUCGUACGCAUCGUCAUGCAAGGGAUUUUACAAGACCUCAACAGGUCGGGAGCUGCCGGAUGGUCUCUUGGGGAACGAGGCGGUGUACAAGGAGGCGAAUGACAUAUGGGAGAAAAACGUAGGCACCAAAUUGCUUCCAAGAAAGAUGUCAUACCAGACUAUCAAGGAAGAUUUGGAAAGUGCCAAUAGCAAGUUCGUCCUCAUCAAAGAAAUGGGAGUACUUCCGAUCGACCCCAAAUUCUACCCAGAAGGCUACAAAUGCGCUUUCCUCAUUCGGGAUCCAUCCCGAGUAUACGUUUCGGCACGUAAGUCGAUGGGAGCGAAGUAUGCCGAAACAGGUAUGAUUCCGUCCGAAGCCGAUUACGAUAUUAUCCGAGAUGACCCACUUGAUAGUGAACCAAUGAAAUGGUUCGAGAAUGAGCAUGCGCUGUGGAAGCACGUCAAAGCAAAUAUCGAUCCGAAUCCGAUUGUCAUCGACACUUCGGAUAUCUUGUCAAGACCAGGACCGACCAUCAAGGCACUCUGCGACGCUGUCGGCCUUCCAUACAGCGACGACCUUCUCCAGAUGAAACCAUUUACCGAAAUGCCGAAGAAUUUUGUAACGGCGGCCGAAAACAUCUUCACCGAAAUGUCGGAGUUCUACGAUAGAGCUUUCAAGAGCACUCAAAUUAUCCCGCCGAAGGACCUUGGGCCUAUACCCCGUGAUCAACUCUCAGAUGACGUCAUCCGUUGCGUAGACUACUCGAUGCCUUUUUAUCGUGAAAUGUUUGAAAGCAGACUAUCUAUUCCAUGAUGAAAAUAAUUUAAUGGACUAAAAAUUAUUGUCUAACGAACUAAAGAACUUCUUAAUUAGCAAUGGAAAUUCAUAACAACCUUAGCGUAUAAUAAGAUUUGUGUUCGUUAAAAUAGGGGCAGGGGGAGCAGGCCAAGCAACUUAGCCGUUCUCUCAUUUCCCCCUUCUUCCACUCUCUGAUAAUCCUCAUACAAGCAAUCUGAUUUAUAAAAUAAAACAGAUCAUAAGAGCAUUAGCAUAUUGACCAGGAUAAGGGGGAGGGGGCACGUGCUGGUCGGUCGUUUUGCUCCCUCGCUUGUACUUUUUGUGAUAAAGUUUGGGCAGUGCGAGGUGCGAUUUCAUUAUUUUCACCGGGUGCCA